AUGACUACAUCUCCAUAUCCAAUUGAAACUCCAUUCAGAGUUUGUAUUGUCGGUUCCGGUAACUGGGGUACUGCAGUUGCAAAGUUAGUUGCUGAAAACUGUGCUGAAAAACCAACUAUUUUCCAAAACGAUGUCAAAAUGUGGGUUUUCGAAGAAGAAAUUGAAGGAAGAAAAUUAACAGAAAUAAUUAACACUGAUCAUGAAAAUGUCAAAUACUUGCCAGAGGUUAAAUUGCCAGCCAACUUGGUUGCCAACCCAGAUAUUGUCGACACUGUUAAAGACGCCGACUUGAUUGUUUUCAACAUCCCACAUCAAUUCUUGAGUAGAAUUGUUAAACAAAUUGAAGGUAAAGUGAAACCAACUGCCAGAGCCAUCUCAUGUUUGAAAGGAUUAGAUGUGAGUCCAGAAGGUUGCAAAUUGUUGUCAACAUCCAUCACUGAUACUUUGAAAAUAUACUGUGGUGUUUUAUCUGGUGCCAAUAUUGCUAAUGAGGUUGCCAGAGGUAACUGGUCAGAAACUUCAAUUGCCUACACUGUUCCAGAUGAUUUCAGAGGUGCCGGUAAAGACAUUGAUCCAUUUAUUUUGAAGGAAGCUUUCCACAGACCAUAUUUUCACGUCAGAGUCAUUGAAGAUGUUGUUGGUGCCUCUAUUGCUGGUGCCUUGAAGAAUGUCAUUGCGUGCUCUGUUGGUUUCGUUGAAGGUGCUGGCUGGGGUGACAAUGCUAAAGCCGCUAUCAUGAGAAUUGGUAUCAAGGAAACCAUUCGUUUUGCAUCAUACUGGGAAUUGUUCAAGAUCAAAGCCUCGUCUCCACCAAACCCAAGAACAUUUACUGAAGAAAGUGCCGGUGUUGCUGAUUUGAUCACUACUUGUUCUGGUGGUAGAAAUGUUAAAGUCGCCAGAUAUAUGAUUAAAAAUAACGUCAAUGCAUUUGAAGCUGAAAAGAUUGUUUUGAAUGGACAAAGCUCCCAAGGUAUUUUGACUGCAAAAGAAGUGCACGAAUUGUUAACACAUUUCAACAUCCAAGAUGAAUUCCCAUUACUCGAAGCUACCUACAAGGUUAUCUACGAAAAUGGCAGUGUCGAUGAUUUCCCACAAUUAUUAGAAGGUGAUCAAUAA